UCAAUAAUUUGACACCCAAUCCAGAGCUGUUCAACUCUUUAAAGGCAAAUUUUGAGGUUCAAAGUUGAAGUCUUGGUGUGGAAAUCAUGGAGGUUUCACACGAUUUGUGUUCCAUAGAGGAAGAUGGGGAUGGUGAGAAGGCCAUGACUUCCACUUCUUAUCCCGUCGGCGCUUCUGAAUUCCGGUUGUUUGGCCGGCAAGGCUCAGUUCACGAUUGCUUUGGUGGUGGCUCAGCUGCUGAUGUUCUGUUGUGGAGAAGGCGGCGUGUUUCUAUCGGUGCUAUUGUUGCUGCCACAUUAUCUUGGCUACUAUUCGAGCGGUCUGGAUUAUCAUGCUUAUCAGUUUGCUCAGAUAUCUUGCUGAUUUUGGUUGUAUGGCAAUUUCUUCGAGCCAACUAUGCUGUUUUUCGGAAUAAACAAUUGCGAACAUUACCAGAGCUAGUGGUAUCAGAGGAAAUGGUUAACAAUGUCGCGGCAUCAUUUCGUGUUAAAAUCAACAACGUGCUGCUUAUGGCUCAUGACAUCACUAUUGGGAAAGAUUUUAAAUUGUUUUUCAAGGUGGCGGUUUGUCUGUGGCUCGUGUCUGUCAUUGGCAGCUUCUUCUCUUUCUUCACACUCGCUUAUAUUGGUUCAGUCCUGUCCAUUACAAUUCCUGCCUUGUACAGCAGAUAUGAAGGGACUGUGGAUAAGUAUUGUGGAAAGAUCCAUCAGCAAUUUUCAAGGCAUUAUAAAGUCGUGGAUGAGAGUGUUUUUAACAGACUCCCCAGAAAUACAUCCAAAGACAAAGACCCUUGAUCCAGAUCCUUUAAAUUCAGACUCCAAAACUAGUAGAUGUGUUUGUUGCUGCACAGCAGCAGACUCCCCAUUGACGGCUUAAACAUGCAAUUGCUCUUGGCCAGUCAUUUGAUUUGUUGAUAUCUAAUUGUUUGACAAGGAUGUAAAACUUUACUGGGUCAUUAGAUGAGUGUAUAAUUCAGCA